UGAAAUGAUGAAUUGAAAAUUUAACGAUAAAAGAAAUUGUUGUGUUUGCAAUUUGUUGUGUUUGUUGUUGCCCGGUUUUUGGACAUUUCUUAUUUUUAGUGUUCCGUCUUUGAGCUGUGCUUUAACAAAGUAUAUAAAAGUAAAACGAACAUUUUCUAUCAAAACUUGAAGUUUUGACCAAAAAGAAAACAACAAAAUUCUACGCCAUGUACGAAAGCUAUAAUUUUCUAAAUUCACUUUUUCGCGCCACAAUCAUUCCUGGACUAUUUGUUAUAGUUUGGCUAACUGGGUUAAUAUCUUUAGUGACCGUACAAAUAUGCCUAUUGGCAUUCUCAUUAGUAUUCAUAGUAUUUCCACUGGUAUUUCGAUAUUCAGUAACGCUACAAAGAGGCAUACUAUUUUUAACAUUCAUAACAUAUCCCAGAGAUCUCGAUUUAAGUAAUCCAGCAAGUGUGGGCCUCUAUGCCACACGGAGUUUUCAUCUAAAUGUACCCGAUGCAGAUGUGGAGGAAGAUGAUGCGGAAAAUAAACGUUAUGUACGGAUUGGCUUGUGGCAUGUUUUGCCAAAGCAUGUGGCCAAACGAUUUAGCAAGGAAUUGCAGCUGAGUGAGGAAGCCCAAGAAGAUCUGCAAAACAUCACCGAGGUGUCCGAUGAAAAUCUGGAUAAACUGGAGGGUGCCAUAAAAACAUCAUUCCCCGUGGUAAAUCCCGAAAAUCAACAGCUUUUCUAUGAACGCCUGCUAAAGGUUCCAGGAAAUACAAUUGUCUUGUAUCUACAUGGCAAUACAGCAUCGCGAGGAUCGGGUCAUCGUUUGGAUGUUUAUAAGCUACUGCGAAAGUUGGGUUACCAUGUCAUAUCAUUCGAUUAUCGAGGCUAUGGCGAUUCAGAUCCCAUUUCACCCACAGAAGAGGGUGUUGUGCGCGAUGCAAUGGCCGUGUAUAAUUAUAUACGUAAUUUAACCUCAAAUCCGGUAUUCAUAUGGGGUCAUUCGCUGGGCACUGGAGUUGCAACAAAUAUGCUAUCACAGCUGAAUUAUCUAAACGAUAAGGGUAUAAAGGGUGUGAUAUUGGAGGCGCCAUUUACAAAUAUUAAGGAUGAAAUUCGCAUGCAUCCAUUUGCCAGGCCCUUCAAACAUCUGCCAUGGUUCGAUCACACCAUUGCCCGGCCAAUGUAUUUGAAUUCACUGCGCUUUGAAUCGGAUCAACACAUCAGUGAAUUCCGUCAACCCAUCAUGAUAUUGCAUGCCGAAGAUGAUUAUGUUGUGCCAUUUCAACUGGGCUACAAGCUGUAUCGCAUUGCAUUGGAUACGCGUGGCAAAUCUUGGGGACCCGUGGAAUUUCAUCGUUUUGAAGGUUCACGGAAAUAUGGCCAUAAAUAUAUUUGCUAUGCCCCGGAAUUACCCGAUCUUAUUCAGAAAUUUAUCAAUAACUACUACAAAGAUAUUUUCUAAAUUAUAUGGCAUUGCAAAAAUAGGGAUCUCAGCUGGCGCUGUUGCAGCACUGCUGCCGUUAAAUAAAUUUUGUUAAAAAAAAAAAAAAAAAAAAAAAAAAAACACUGCGACUAAAACAUAGAUUAAGUGUGCUUUUAAAACGUAUUUAUUAGGAAGCAAGGAAGAAUGAAAAAAACCACAAAUUUGUAGCUUUGAAAUGUUUGUACUCCCUCCACAACCUUAGUGAUCCUAAAGAAGAAAGAAACCUGAAUUGUCAUUUUAGUACCCCUACAUAGCACCCUCAUUAAUCCAAAAAUGUUUGUACUGUCCACAAUUUUAGUGACCCUUAAGAAGAAAAAACCUGAAUUAUCAUUUUAGUACCCCUACCUAGCACCCUCACUAAUCCAAAAAUUCCCUCCAUGACCUAUCAUAUGUAGUAUUCCAAAAUUUCCCCCCACCAUUGUGAUCUGUAUUCACUGAAUACUGUGUAGCAGUGUACAAGGAUUAUAAUCUAUUGUAGGUUUGCUUUUUUUCAUUGCAUAUUAUUUGAGCCGUGAUUUCAAUAUUUUUUAAGUCAUAGUAUUAAACAUAAUUUUAUUUUAAAAUUAUUCAAUCUGCAAGUGAGUUAGAUUCUACUAAAAUACAUAUAUAUGUAAGUUACUAUCGAGUAAUGUAUAACACAAUGAUGAAAUGAAAUAAAUGUUUGUAUUUCUCUAAAAA